GGGAAUUCAUACAAAAUCUCGCCUGUGCUGACCUACUGGUGACAGCAAUUGCAGACCCACUAUGUAUUAUAGCUGUGGUCAAAGGUGAAGAGUUUUUCAUGGAGGUUCCCGUGCUGUGUGGAGUGAUUGCUGGAAUGUGUCUCACAGCAUGUUUUGCAGCCUUCUUCAGUUUAACUGGCCUAACAGUGUGCCGAACAGCCUUCAUUCUGAAUCGUCACUCCUACAAUCGAUACCUCAAUCACACCCGAAGCAUUAUCAUUUGUAUUAUGUUCUGGGUUUUAGGGUUCAUAUUUGAGAGCCCUAAUUUGAUUGGUUGGGGAAGGCAUACAUAUGACCGGAAGAGCCACUCCUGUAUUUGGGAUCGUACUGCCAAUUUUGCGUACACACUGUUUGUCGCUAUUGGCUUAAUUGCUUCUCCUUUGGUAGUGAUGGGUGCCUGCCACAUUAUGGUAUUCAAGAAGAUACAGAGCUGCAAGUCUACAUUAUAUUCUAAAGAUGGUCCUGGGACUACUGGAUCUACAGGAAUGCUGCGAGUGUGGAUCGAGACAGUGAAAUCAUCGAAAACGUUGAUUACUAUAUUCUGCGCCUUCGUCAUUUGCUGGGUUCCGUAUGCCACCGUUGUUGCUAUAGAUGUUGAGGAUAAGCUUCCAAUGGUUGUCCACCUGUUCAUCACUUUCCUCGCACAUCUCCACUCAGCUAUCAAUUGCUACAUCUACUUUGGUACCAACAAGAGCUUUAGACGUAAUCUCUACCAGCUCAUGUCCAGUUUUGUUUGUGGCUGCUCUCGCCAAGAAGAGGAUAUCUCUUCUUGCAGUUCUGGAACUGGUACCGCUACUGGUACUUUCAAGCUUACACAAUCAGUAUCCUCUGAUUCUGCCGGCUAUAAAACAGAACCGAGUGUCCAGGGUCAUAUGUAGCUUCAAAGUUAUUGACAUGAACAGCAAUGGUGCAUAAUAUUGAAUGACGAAAAAUUGUCAAAUAGUGUGGUACUUCAUGGAGGGAAUUCAUGUUUCACCCUACUAUUACCCAUAUAUUUAGCUUUGAAAAAUCCAUGGGGAUUAUUUCAUUUAAGACAUCUCCAGGAGAAUUUCGGAAUAAGUUAUGAUAUGUAUAUAGUGCCUAUUAGCCUUGCCCAAGUCAGUAUUUUU